AAGAUCACAGUGACUGGCGCGGCUGGCUCGAAGGGCCGAAUGGCCUACAGCUGCCCCUAUUGUCUAUUGUCUCUAUACCCUUCUUAGGAAGGAAGGCCAGACCUCGAGGCAGCUUUCCUACUGCAGUCUCAUUACAAAUUUAUAAAGUUGAAACAAAAACUGUCCUCUCAUCCUCCUACAAUCAAGGCUUUCACAACGACUUGCUGAAACUGCACACUGGCUUUCAAUUUCUCCCUUGCUCUUUAUAAAAAGCACUUGGCCGUUCGGUUCAGCUACUUGCACCUGGUUUUUAAAUCUGCCCGUCGAGGCCUUUUUCCGCAGCGUGAGAGCGGAUAUCCGUUUGAGUGUGAGCGGAAAUCAUCCGUGUGUGUGCGGCUGCAGUCGUUGGGAAUGGCGAAUCCUUCUCCCGAAGUGAAGCCCGCUAAUGCGGCGAACCCGCGGGUCUUUCUGGACGUGAGCAUGGCGGGCGAGUUAGUUGGGCGGAUAGUUCUGGAACUCUUUGCCGAUGUUUGUCCUAAAACAGCUGAAAAUUUCCGAGCGUUAUGCACUGGAGAGAAGGGAGUUGGGCCGACCACUGGAAAACCUCUGCAUUUCAAAGGCUGCCCCUUCCACAGGAUUAUAAAGAAGUUUAUGAUUCAAGGAGGAGAUUUUUCCAAUCACAAUGGAACUGGAGGAGAAAGUAUCUAUGGAGAGAAAUUUGAAGAUGAAAAUUUUCAUUACAAGCAUGACCAAGUAGGACUGCUUAGUAUGGCCAAUGCAGGACCAAACACCAAUGGCUCGCAGUUCUUCAUUAUUACAGUGCCUACUCCUCAUCUAGACAACAAGCAUGUGGUUUUUGGUCAGACAUUGAAAGGAUUGGGAGUGGUAAAGAUGCUGGAAAAUGUUGAAGUAGAAGCUGAGAAGCCUGCAAAGCAAUGUAUUAUAGAAAACUGUGGUGAACUUAAAGAAGGAGAUGAUUUAGGUCUUGCUCCUGCUGAUGGAUCAGGGGAUGCAUACCCAGACUUUCCAGAAGAUAAUGAAGAAGAUAUAACUGAUAUUGAUACCAUUUUUCGGAUUGCAGAAGACUUAAAGAAUCUUGGGAAUAACUUCUUUAAAUCUCAGAACUGGAUUAUGGCAGACAAGAAAUACUCCAAGGCUUUAAGGUCUGCUGUGAAUUCAAGAAACACUAGAAUCAUUGAAAGACUGCUCCCAACAGGACGGACAAACAACCAACACGCAAAAGACAAUAAACUGUGCAAUACAAAAGGGAAUAAAUAAAUAAAUAAAUACUUGAUCUUGCAUCCCUACUUUAUUUCAUCAGUUGUAAUUCCUCUUCAUUUACAUUCAAGUUAUAUUACCUGACUAUCAUCUAGAGACCUGGAUCCAGCAAUAUGAAUUUGAAAUCCUAACAUGUCUGCUACCAAACUAAAAGGUGAAGGUGUGGCAGAUGUGACAGUUCUUACACCAUGAAUAUAACAAUGAGAGCCGCAUCAGCAAGGUCUCUCUGAAGCAGAAAUUACACGGCAGACAGGAGUUUCAAGAUGUUGUCUCCAGGAUUUUCUGAAGGAGCACAAAGGAACAGGCAAGGUUGAGGACCAGAAACACACUCAAAAAUUGAGUGCAGCAGGCAAGAGAUGCAUCAAGCAGAAGAUUCUUCUAAAUCGGAAAAGAUCCUGCACUCCAAUCGGUUCUGAUCUUACAAAAACUACUGGAACACAAGUACACCCAUCUACGGUCCAGAAAAGUCUUGUCAGACAAGAAGUGGUCUUCAUGGAAGAGUUGCUGCCAAAAUGCCACUCCUCUGAAGUGGAAACUCACCUACACACAAAAACACAAGGACUGGGGUGUUGAACAAUGGCAGCAAGUGCUCUGGACCGAUGAGUCAUAGUUUGAAAUUUGUGGUUCAAGCAGGACGGCAAUGUGUCUGUAGGAGACUUGGAGAGUGCAACGUGGAUGAGUGCCUACAGCUAACAGUGAAGCACAGUAGAGGUUUGGAGCUGUAUUACUGCAAAUGGAGUUGGUGAUCUGGUCAGAAUUAAUGGAAUCCACAAUGCUGAGAAGUACAAGUAGAUUCUCAUGCAUCAUGUAAUACCAUCGGGAAGGUGCCUGAUCGGUCCCAACUUCAAUCUGGAGCAGGACAAUGACCCCAAACACACGGCCAAGGUCAUAAAGAACUAACUUCAGCAAAGGGAAGAACAAGGAGUUCUGCAACAGAUAGUAUGGUUUCCAGAGCCCCGAUCUCAACAACAUCAAGGGUGUCUGGGAUUACCUGGAGAGACAGUCAAAGCCUGCACACAGUAACCGUGGCCCGUUCCCCAAGGUGCCUGGAACAGCCUUCCUGCUGCUUUUAAAGGCAAAAGGUGGUCUCGCCAAAUACUGAUUUCUAUUUAGCUUUGUACUGUUUAUUGCUCUUUGUAGUAGUUUUUUGAUAUUUAGAAAAUUUUCAUUUCAUUAUUUUUGAAAGCAUUUUCACUCUACAGAUUUUUAUUUUACAUGUGACAAAAGACUUUUUGCACAGUACUGUAGGUGACUAAGGUCUUACCAAUGUGCUUGAAUUUUAAUUUCUCUCCAAUAUGGAAGACCAUAGUGGAUGGUGAAGGCCAGUGACACCAUCAGCCCUUGAUGAAAUAAAAACAUGAACAUCAUCUCAAAAGAUGUAGUAGGUUGGCACAUCUUUUCCAUUGAAUAUACCUACCUUAGUUUAUUUACCUGGGAGUUAUACCAGAUCACUCUGUUGUUUGUGCACAUUGCACUCCAAAUAUUGAUCAUUAAAGUCUAUAUUAUCAAUUCAACCUGAUGUGGGGUUCUGACUUCAUUUUGCUGAGUGGAGCCAUGCCAGACAAUGUACCUUUCUGGUCCAGAAGUUAACACUAAAAAAUUAAAACACAAUAUAAAAUGGCAGUGGGACUCAGCCCCUUGCACAAAUGUAAAUGCCCUUUCUUUACUGUUGGGCUCUAAACCAGGCAAUCUACCAUGAUGAUUUCUGAAAGUGAAAGGAAGCCACAUGCUCUGGCAAUUUAUAUUUUGAGGAUCCAAGCAACAGAUUCCUGGAAGAGAUCAAGGUUGCUUAACCAGAUCUAUGGUGAACAACAUAGUGGAUAAACUGCUGGAAACUUGGUUGAAAUCUUGCUGUGCUAGAUCGCAGCAUCAAAUAAACCCCUCCCACACCUGGACAAGUAAUAUAGAAACAUAGGUUAAGCUGAACGGGUUCAAAUCUUUAUGUUGAUGUUACAAAUUGUUGUUGGUCAGUCAUUAAGUCAAGUCUGACACUGAUAGAAUACAUCCUGCAGUUUGAGAGAGAGAGAGAAGGUAAAGUCAGAUGUAUUAGUAUUACAAUGGAAUGAAGGAAUUUAUAGAGGCAUGAGAGAUAAUCUGGCUAAAGUUGAUUGGAAGGGAACACUAGCAGGGAUGAUGGCAGAACAGCAAUGGCUGGAGUUUCUGGGCGCAAGUUGGAAGGUGCAGGAUAAUAUAUUAGCUAUAAUGAAAUGGUGGAGCAGACUUGAACUGAAUAGACUAAUUCUCCUCAUAAGUCUUAUAGUCUUAUGGCUGAGUUUACAUGUGUAUGUAAUAGAGAAAUGAUAGUGAACAUCAUACAGAGUUUUCUCUCCAUCCUAGAACAGUUGCUUGAAAAUUGCAUAUGUGAAUGUGGGUGAGUAUUGGAUCAGGCUCAGCCAUGACGUUCUUUUGGAAUAGUUUCUCGAUAGCAGAUUGAAGGUCACAGUUGUUUUAUUUUAGCAAGGCUUUCGCUUAAACUUGACGCAGUUGAAGGGGGAAAGAGCAUAUUUUCAGCGAUGGAAAGGACAUAGCAGAAAAUGGAUUAGGCGGGAAGUGAAGUGGGUAAGUGGAGAAAACUGCAAGCAAGUGUUUUAACAGGCGUAAUUUACCUGGGGAAUGAUGGAAAUGACAAUGUAAGUGGUUCAGAAUGUACUCCUGUUUUGAAUUUGUUUGAAUUUUGCAAAAUGACUGAUUUUAAUCUUCAAAUAUUUCUCUAAGAUAUAUGGACACAUUAAGAAAUGAAAUUAGUCAAAAAUCAGCAGAGAUUACAAAACUGGAUUCUGUUGCACUAAGUUGUCAUCUGAACAUAGCUGCCUGCAAGCUGAAAAUUUCUGACUGGGAUGGCACCAUUGAAA